UGAACUUAUAUAUAUACAACUCUCUUUCUCUAUAAACGUGAACUUAUGUAUUCAGAACAGUACAAGUCUGAUCUAACUUUAGAAAUUGAUUUUGUAUCCAAAUAGCGCUUCUACAAAGUAGAUAAUUUAUAUAUAUCUAAAAAUAAUAGUUUAUGCAUUAAACCAAUUGAAGAAGGGAAAUAUGCAAACAGUACGAUUGUUAUCAGGGUAUGAUAUGCCUACUGUGGGUUUGGGUACAUGGCAGGCUAAACCUGAAGAAAUUGAGAAAGUUGUAAUAGCUGCUCUAGAUGUUGGCUAUAGACACAUUGAUACUGCAUUUAAUUAUAAUAAUGAAGAAGCAAUAGGAGCAGUAUUAAAAGAAUGGUUUAGAAAAGGUGGGAAGCGCGAAGAUCUUUUUAUUACUUCAAAGUUACCUAAUUUUGGUAAUCGACCAUCAGAUGUAGAGAAGUUUAUUAAUUUAUCACUGAAAAGACUUGGUUUAGAUUAUUUGGAUAUGUAUUUAAUCCACAUGCCUUUUGCCUUUAAAUUAGAUGAAAGUACUUGUACCUCAGCAAUUAAUGAAGAUGGAAGUUUUAUGUUGGAUCUUGACACAGAUCCUGUUUCAGUGUGGAAGGAAAUGGAAGAACAAGUAAGAAAAGGUCGUACAAAGUCUAUAGGUUUAAGUAACUUUAAUGAAAAACAAAUUUUAAAUAUAUGGGAGAACGCACAAAUUAAGCCAAGUAACUUACAAGUGGAAUUACAUGCAUAUCUGCAACAAAAUUCGCUACGGCAAUUGUGUCAAACGCACAAUAUCAUUAUAACAGCUUACAGCCCCUUGGGAUCACCAGGAGCUAAAACGCAUUUUCAAACGAAAUAUAAUCAUAAAGUUGAAGAUUUUCCAGAUGUUCUGGGACAUCCAAUAGUACAAAAAAUAAGCGCAGAACAUAAACGAUCACCAGCACAAGUGUUACUACGUUACUCAUUACAAUUAAAUGUUGUUGUAAUUCCAAAAAGUAAAUCUCCCGAGAGAGUUAAGGCAAACAUUGACUUAUUUAGUUUUUCAUUAAAUGAAGAAGAAAUGAAAAUUUUGAGUACCUUAGACAAAGGCGUACGUGGAAGAAUUUUUAAUUUCUUGUUUUUUAAGGGGGUCGAGAAUCAUCCACAUUAUCCAUUUAAGGAUGAAUUACAGUCCUAAAUAAAAAAAAAAAAAAAGAUUAUUAAGGUGUAGUUCGAAUGUAUGCAUAUUUAUACAUUGAAAAUGCAUGAAAUAUAGUACAAAAUGAAAGCAUAUAUAUAAAACGAAUAAAUAUAUAACACAA